GACGGGAGAUGGUAGGCCGCCAUGCCCGCCGGCGUGCCCUGGUCCACUUACCUGAAGACGCUGGCUGCCAGCAUGCUGGCCAUGUUCGCAGGAGCCGAGGUGGUGCACCGGUACUACCGGCCUGACCUCAGUAUACCUGAAGUACCUCCCAAGCCUGGAGAGCUGAGAACAGAGCUGCUGGGUCUGAAAGCGAGGUCAAAAAAAGCUGAAACGUCCCAGCAUUGACUGCUGUUUGCUUUUUGCGUUUCGAGAGCUACGUGGGUUGCUCAACAGUAAUGCCUAUUUAUUUCCAUGCAAACGACAGCUGGCACAACAAGCACAGUAAGGAGCUGCAGAACAGUGUCUCUCCACGUAGUCGCCACCAUUAGUCAGUCUGUGUGGGUGAAUGGAUGGAGGCACUCUUCAUGUCACGGUGUAACAGCUGUGUGUGGCCAUCAGGAACGCGGCUUGUCUUCCAUGUCGCCGUUGGUACUGCUGAGACACGGCACCCACCGCCUCACUGUGCUCCCAUCCACUGGUUGGUCUCCGUGACCGUUCACAAGAGUUGAUGGAUGUCACUGUGUGCAUUUUUUUCCACCUGGAGGAAUUCAGUGACAACACCUUUGCUUCAUAUGCAUAUGCACUUCCACGUCAGAUGCCGUUGUCACGUUGCCCCUCUGCUGUCAUCUGUUGCACGGCAACAAAAUGUAGCAGAACAUUGAUGAGAAGGUUCAACCUCUACUGCUACACCACCACCUUCUGCCUCUGACAUCACGGACCAACAUAAUGGCACAGGAGGCGUUACUUUUGGAGCAGCUCAUAUAGGACACACUAGAAUGUUUGCUCAACUCUCUCAACUGCAGAAGUCCAUACGUGAAAUACUUAAGCUUUUCUUCUUCCUCGAAAGCAGAAGUAUAUGCAGCAUACGUUAAACAUAAACCUACGAUGAAUACUGUUAAAAGUGUAAUAUGUUGUAUACCAAAAUAUGUAUGAUUUUGUUUAAUCCUGAUUUGCAGUGUAAAUAUUCUUCAGAAUAAAAAAUGUGAACUCGUG